UGUUUUCUCGAAGAAUAGUCAUGGAUCUCCACAAGCCAGUCGAUCCUAAUAAGACUUACGAGGAGCUAAACUCGGAGGAAAAGUUAAGAUAUGACCAUCAGAAGCUGCAUGAGAUGCACAAGGGGCAUGAGUCGAUGCACACCACGAUGGUGAUGAUCCUCAUCGUCACCCUCGUGGUGGCACAGCUCAUCGUCAUGGAGUGGAAGAAGAGGCAUUACAGGUCAUACGCUUUUUUCACGAUGGUGGCGAUGUGGUCCAUACCAGUGCUGAUGAGCGUCAAGAACCAGUGGUGGAGGUUCAUCACGAUAUGGAGUAUAUUCACCAUGCUCACCGCAGUAGUCAUAAGGAAGUCCACCAACAGGCCCAUGUCUGUCACCACUCCGAGGUUGGUGUACAAAUGGUUCUACUUAAUAUACAAAGUGAGUUGCUUUCUCGGUGUGGUGGGGUACAUACUGAUGAUGCUGACAUUCCUGGGAGUGAACCUACUGUUUGGCCAGAAGCCCCAGCAGUGGAUGGACGUGGCCCUGAUGUUGUUGUUCUACGGCCUCUACUUCGGAGUACUGGGCCGAGACGUUGCAGAGUAUUGUACUGAUAAAAUGGCCGCUUCCAUUGGGUACUACACGCAGGAAGGCAUGCCGACACGUCAGUUGGACAGCAACGUGUGCGCGGUCUGUGGGAACCCAUUGCUGGUCAACGUGAAUGAGGAGGGAGUCCUAGAGAACACAUACAAAUUGACCUGUGGCCACGUGUUCCACGAGUUCUGCAUCCGAGGGUGGUGCAUCGUCGGCAAGAAACAGACCUGUCCCUACUGCAAGGAGAAAGUAGACCUCAAGAGGAUGUUCACCAACCCAUGGGACCGACCUCACAUUCUGUACGGUCAGCUAUUGGACUGGAUCCGCUGGCUGGUGGCCUGGCAGCCACUCAUUCUCUUCCUAGCACAAGGCAUUAACUGGUUGUUUGGACUCGAAUGA